UCGGUUGCCCAUGCAAAACUUAAGAAGGAUAAAAAAUCUUGUCGUUUUAUUAUUUGUUCCUAGCUUUAACUGCUUAAAUCACGUCUCAAUUGUUUAGAGUCUUUUAAGAAAUACCGAAGACCUUCACAACAAGUUUGUUGUAAAGUCGGUAACUGAAGACUGAGUCAAGACUGAGUGAGGUACUACAUACAUGCAGAUCAGAUUGGAAGCCUUCAACAUGGCUUUUUCAUCUAAUUUUCACACUGACACCGCUAUCCCAGAAAACACAACCACCAUUGAAGAACAAAGCGAUAAUCCAGAAAAAAAUGCCCUGGCCGUCGAUCUUGUGUCCAUUGGCAGCAAAAUGUUAAACUUUAGCAACAAAAAUCAAACAGUGGACAACUUUGAAAUCAAAUGGCCCAUGUAUCAUGAAUUACUGACACAGUUUGCUUUAGAUUGGGGAUUUUUUGUCGAUGUGGAUCAUCUUGAUGAAAAUGCUACAUUAAAGAUUGGAAUCUUCGUCCCUAGUGAAGUACCCUACAGGGCGUGUAAUAUAGUAUGGGAUCAUGAAGUUGAUCCAAGUAUACUUAGAGGGACGAUUUGGUACUGGAACUUGAUAAAUGUGCGCAAAAGGGACAUCUGCAUGAUGAGCUCUCCCACUACAGUACGGCAGAAUUACGGCAACAGAAGUGAAGUCCACAUCGGAUCUUCUGUUGGAGUGUACAAAGAUUCCAACGGAUCUCUUCACUUUGUGGUCGAUAACAAGGAUCUUGGAGUUGCGGUUGAAAAAAUAUCACGCCGUUUCUUUUAUGGUUGGAUAAGGAUUGGAAACCAUGGAAUUGUCAGGAUAACUCAUCGAAUCGACCUCUCAUUUGAUCAGCAAGCAAGAGUCGAAGCUGUCACGCACACAGAGGAAAGAGCUGGACAGUCCAAACCUUUAUAUGUGUACCGUAUGACCAAAAAACCGCGUGGACAUUGCCUCAUCAUCAGCAAUUCCAAGUUUUACGACAAUUCACGUAAUCGUGAAGGAGCAGAUGCCGAUGAAAAAGCGUUGAAAUCCCUUUUUCAGGAGUUACAUUUUACAGUAACAAUCAAGAAGAACUUGACGGCGGAAGAGAUGGGGAGACAGCUUUAUGAUUUCUCAAGAAAGGACCACGAAGAAUUCGAUGCUUUUGUCUGUGUCAUCAUGACCCAUGGAACAGAUAACAACAUCCUUCUUGGUGUUGAUGAUCGAAAGACUAACCUUGAAGAUCUCAUGACUGCAGUCAAACCAACAAACUGCCGGUCGCUUCAGGGAAAGCCAAAGUUCUUCAUUGUACAAGCAUGUCGGGGAGAUUCUCGAGAAGAAGUUGCCGGCUCCUACUGCCCCAGGACCAGUUUUGCAACUAAAUCUUCAUCUUAUAGAAGCCAUUGUGAUACCGAUGAUAUCGAUAUCGAUGGCCUCGCGAGUCUCACCACAGACUCGACUUUACCUCGUUCAAUGUGUCCUAUUGAGGGAGACUUUCUUUUGGCGUUUGCGACGACACCUGGUUAUGUGGCGUUGAGAGAUCCAAAGACAGGCUCUAUCUUUGUGCAAGUUCUGGUUGAUGUCUUCAGAAAGAAUCACAACCACUACCAUGUUCUCGAUCUCCUUGUAGAGGUAAACAGACAAGUCGCUGUACAAGUGGAAACCCUAUCAAACGGCAUGUACUGGCAAAUUCCCGCUCCUUCUUUCACUCUCAGAGGAGUAUUUUACCUUCGAGAAAAUGAACAAUUUCCUGCUUACUAAAAUUAUUGGAGUUGUUGCUGUUAAAAUUGCUAAACUGUUGAAGUACGCGUUAAAUCUCCCGUAUACCCUUGCGCUGUUAAAGUCGCGUUUAAUUCCCGGUCUCGCCGGCUUUACCUCUACGCUCUGUCCCGGGGGUCGGGGAUUUCAGUUGAUUAGUCCAUAAAAGCAGUUUUCGUCUACCUGUGAAAACGUCGGUACCGCCUUGCCACGACCACCUGAUAUUUUCUAGAAUUUUGAUUGGAGGAAUUUUUCCCUCGCGCAGUGUGAUUGGUCUGGCAGUGCCAUGACCUUGGCGUUACCGUGUCCGCGCCGUGUUCGUGCUGACGUGUUUUGGGCAUUUGAUUGGAUUGAGAGUAAAUUCUCAGUCGUGCAAUGUGAUUUGGAUGGCGUAUGCCUUGUCCUGUCGGCAUGUCCGUGAUCGUGACGUGAACCAGCUUUUCACAGUCAUACGAAUACUGCUCUAAGAUAUCGAACCGUAACUUGGCGUUCUUUCUUAGGGAAGGUCUGAGUAUGAAACUGAUUGCAAAUAAUAUUAAUGCUAAUAGACCUUUUUAGCUCGGGCGUAGUAAUUCAUUCUCGAAUUCAGGARGCUCACCACUCCAUGACUCCAAUAAGCCUUUUCAUAGUUUAAGAAUCGAUUCCACUGCGCAUGCGAUUUUAUCCCGAAUUUCUCACCUUCUUUUGUCUAAACCUUUUUUUGUUCUUAAUUAAACAAAAGAAGGUAAGAAAUUCGGGAUAAAAUCGCAUGCGCAGUGGAAUCGAUUCUUAAACUAUGAAAAGGCUUAUUGAGCUCGAAUAGAAUUUGGUUAGCAAGAAUUAAAAGAAACAAACUCUAAUGCGCAUUUAUAGAUUAACACGUUAAACAGUCUAAUAGAGGCUUUGCACAUUACGUGAUGGCAGCCAUGACAUAAGGCACAAAACGUCUUUUCCCCCUUGGGAAACUGAAUUUUUUCUCGUGUAAAUCAGAUUAGACCAGAUUGAAUUGUUCCUGCCUCCUGUAAUGGCUGCCAUCACGUGAUGGUGUAAAGCGCGCCUCAAUACUCCAAGUUUCGAGUUCUCGGUUAUUGGUCUCAGGUGAUUGUAAAUAUAGAAUCAGAAAUAAAUUAAUUUAUGAAAAUCA